AUGCUCAUUGUGAAACAAUCGUUAUUUCUGUUGUUUACAUUGUUAAGUGAAGCCAAUGUUGUAGCACGAAUCGUAACAACAACAAUAACACCAACGAUAUUCGACCUUAAUAUAAAUUCUUCUCUUGAACAAGUUGAGGGAGGACGGGUACUUUUAUUCAGGAAUGUAUUACCUGAAAGUGAAGCUACUCAGAAAAUUCAACAAGAAGCAUUAUUUGAUAAUAAUUAUUCUGAACAAUUAGGUCAAGAGUUAAAUAAAACUCGAGAAGAAUUUAAUCAUGGACCAGAAUAUGACGUAAAUUGGAUAUUUAUUAAUAAAGAAAAGGCUCGUGUAGUAUUUUCUCUAUUUUCAAUGCCGACGGUAACAAAUGAAACGAAUUUUUUCAAAACACAUGAUAAUAAAACAAAUAUAUUUCCAACGAUGUUAUCCAUAACACCAUGUACACUUCAAUCGAUUUAUUCAUUAACAUAUUUUCGUUUUGCUGUACGAGAAUAUAAAACAAAUACCACAAUUCUUCCAAUGACACGCUUAAAUUUAACACAUACACCAUCGAGAUCUGAUGGUUAUUUUUCAAAUUCAUUAUUACUUGUAUUAGAUCCAAAAGAAAAAUAUUCUGUAUGUAUAUAUUAUUAUCAACUAAAUAUAUCAACACAAAUGCCAGAUUUAUUCAUCUGUCUAUAUGUUAUGGAUGAUCAUUUAAAACAUUCAGCACAUGGUCUUAUAUUUGUUUUAACACAAUAUUCAAUUAUUCUUGGUUUACUUAUUGUUUUACAAGGUUUAUUUACUGUACGAAAACGUCGUUUUGCUCAUAUUGUGCAUCAACUUUUAAUUAAUAAAGCACAAAGACUUCGUUCGACACUUUCAUCAGUUAGUCUUGUACGACAAUCAACGAAUCUAAUGGAUACAACAACUGAACAAAAAACUACAAAAUUGAAUGGUCAUGUAAAUCAAGAAAAAAAUAAACUUAAAAAACGUAUUAUAUCAUCACCAGCUAUUGUUCUUAUUGAACCAACAAUGCAAUCAAAUAUGACUACGAGUAGUUCGAAUGAAAAUGAAUCAUGUCUUAAAUUAACAAGUGGAAAAAAUCACGUUCAUUUUUUACUUGGCUUAGAUGAAGAAUCUGAUGAGAAUAAUGAUGAUGAUGAUAAUAAUGAUAAUGAUAAUGAUGUUAUUCCAAAUGAUACAAUACUUACUCCACCAAUAAUAUCAAUACAUAUGGAACCUUAUGGUGAUCAAUCCAAUGCUUUGUUAUCCAUGGCUCAUAUACUCGAUACAAAUAAACCUUGGUCCAAACAAUCAUAA